UUGGAUUACUCGUAUAAAAAGGUUAUAAGAGAGACGAGAGAGGUAACAGAUUCAUUAAAACAAGAAGAGAAAAAAAUGACAGAUGAAGAUAGGUUAUUACCAAUAGCCAAUGUAGGGAGACUUAUGAAACAAAUCUUACCAUCAAAUGCGAAGAUCUCAAAAGAAGCAAAACAAACAGUUCAAGAGUGUGCAACGGAGUUCAUAAGCUUUGUUACAUGCGAAGCCUCGGACAAGUGCCACAGGGAGAAUCGAAAGACGGUGAAUGGUGACGACAUCUGGUGGGCUCUCAGCACUCUCGGCCUUGAUAACUAUGCUGACGCCGUGGGUAGGCAUCUUUACAAGUACCGUGAAGCCGAGCGAGAAAGAGCUGAGCACAACAAAGGUAGCAAUGAUAGUGGGAACGAGAAAGGACCCAGUACUAGAAGUGAUCUACAGAGUCAGUCGACAAAGUUUAUUAGAGUUGUUGAGAAGGGAAGCAGCUCCACGGCCCGUUGAACUAGAAAUAUAUUGAUGUUCUCUGAAUCAUUUACUAUGAAGCCAAGAAAGA